CGACGCUCACGUCCUUCACGACUUUGACGACAAUAUGUCUGCUCGACGGCAGCCAUCGACGACGUCUCUCUCCAAAUAUGCUAGGGCUUCUUCUCCAGACCCCAAUGCGCGUUCACUGGACUUCUGUAACUCGUUCUGGGGAAUCGCUGACGGCGGUGUUGACGUACUCUUUGCACGCAUGAGGGGCGGAGGGAGGACGACGGAGGAAAUCAGAGGCUUUUGGAAGGAAAGAGCACUUAUCGAGGAGGACUAUGCAAAGCGUCUUGCAAAGCUCUCGAAGCAAGUCGUCGGCAGGGACGAGAUUGGUGAACUCCGAAAUUCGCUCGAAACACUGCGCGCAGAGACAGAGAAACAGUCAAGCUUCCACCUCCAACUCGCCCAACAGAUCAAAAACGAGCUCGAAGCCCCCGCCACCGCCUUCGUCGCGCGACAGACUCAACACCGCAAACAAUUCCAGGCGCAGAUCGAGAAGCAGUUCAAGGUGAAGCAGGCGCAGGAAGCGCACGUCGCUAAGGCUCGGGAGAAGUACGAGCAGGACUGUCUGCGGAUCAACUCGUACACGGCGCAGAGCACGCUCGUGCAGGGCAAGGACCUCGAGAAGCUGCAGAUGAGAUUGGACCGCACGCAGCAGACGGUGCAGGCGAACGAGAGAGAUUUUGCGAAUUUCAGUAGGGCGCUGGCGGACACGGUGGGGAAAUGGGAGCAGGACUGGAAGAUGUUUUGUGAUAGUUGUCAAGAUCUGGAGGAGGAGAGGAUGGAGUUCAUGAAGGAUAACGUAUGGGCUUACGCCAACGCCAUCUCGAUCGUGUGCGUCUCGGAUGAUGAGUCAUGCGAACGUCUCCGGCUCUCACUGGAGCAGUUCGAGCCCGAGAAAGACCAGGAGAACUUCGUCCGCGACUACGGUACCGGAAACUCGAUCCCCGAACCUCCUCAAUUUGUCAACUACUCCCAAGCCGACGGCGCUCCUCUCCCCGGAUCCAACAACAAGAUCACCACCCGACCCGCGAUGUUCGCUCGUUCCACACAGCGUCCCCCUCGAUCUGCGGCGCCACCGAACGCUCCUUCGCCCUCGCAAGAAGAGAUAUCCGAACCGCUGGUGAAUACGGCCGGAAUCGGUGCCCUUGGUCGUAACUCGGUUCCCGAUCCCGGCUUGAAUCGUUCGCAAACGCAGAGCAGAGGGAGCACGAGGGGCCAUCAGUCGACGUAUUCGCAGUCACAAACGAAUGGAGCGAUGACGAACGGACAGUCGUCCUCGAGACCUGGCACCGGUCACGGUGCGAACGAGGCUCCGAACAUGGUCAAUCCCACCACGCACAAGACGAUGCUCAAAGUCGGCGAUAACGCAUACGAAGUCGACCUCUCGAAGGACCCGCAGAGCGGCGGGCGGAAUCAGAACAGGCCGCCUCCGGGGGCUUCGGCGGGCGUGGGCGACGAAUCUGACCCGUUCUAUCAGCAGAUGGCGAACCUGAGGAAUAGCGCUGGUGGUGCUUCGGUCGGUCGGGCUGGAACGCGAAAGGGCACGAUGGACAGUAUGGCUUCGUCCUCCGGUGCCGUCUCACCCUCCAAAGGCCUCGGAAUCGCACCACAGUCGGCUCCUUCGCCCAACCACCACCAUCGUCAAUCGGACUAUCGUAAAUCUGCGGACCUCGUCGUUGGUGCUUAUCCCGGUGGUUCGACUGGCGGCUCGAGCAGACCGGUCUCUCCUGGGAAUAACAAUAACCCUCCAACCGCAUCGUUCAUGAAACCUCCUUCGCCUGUCUCUCGUCCUGCUGUGUUACAGACGUAUGAGCAGAGUUUGCCGGAGGAGAGGGAUAUGAGACGACGGAGCGUUUCAAAUAGUAGGCCGCCUUCGUGGAACGGAGCGCCCCAGCAACAACAACAGCAGCAGCAACAGCAACAGCAGCCUAUGCAGCCUCUGUCGCGACACAGUCAGGAUCUUGUUCAGAGGCCGAUUAGCCAGAAUCUGGACAGACCGGUCAGUAGGGAGGGUCAUGCAGGUAUCGGAGCGAACGGGAGGAGCAGGAGUCCUUCAAUCGGACCGAUGCCUGGGCAGCGUGCGUCUUCGACCAGGAGCGUCAGUCCGUCUCCGAGUGGCGACUUUGGGUACGGUGGUGGCGGAGGUCAGGGAUUGGGCAUUUCACAGGGACAGCAGCAGAGUGGGUUCCAGAGGGCUGUUAGUCCGAACAGCGUCGGGAUCGCAUUGGACCCAACGGGCAAGGUCGCGAUGGACUCGAUGGCCGAUCAGUAUAUGGCACAACAGCGUCAACAGCGCGAACAGCAGCAUCUGCAGCAACAGAGGGUUUCGCCUCCGUUCCAGUCACAGCAACAGCUUCCACCGUCACAUUCGUACCAACAGCAGCAGCAACAACAACUUCCGCAACCACAGCAACAGCUCGCUCUCCCCGGUCCCGUUCAGAGCGCGAAUGCAGUCCAGAGGAGACAAAGCAUGCAGAGGCAGACUUCGGUCAAUUACGGACAACAGCAACAGCCACCGCCUUCUCAGUCGGCUGGCGGAUACGGGAGCGCCGUCGUUCAGCAGAGGCAGAGUCAUGGGUUCGGCUCGCAAGGGGGACAGCAGCCUUCGUAUAUGCAACCUCCGCCCGCACAGUCGCCGGUAUACGCUCCCCCGCCAAGUCACCCAUACGCAACCGCUACUUCGCCCGUCGGUCAACCUGUAUUCCAUCCUCCGCCACAACAGCAACAACCACAACCACAGGCACAGCAGCCGUACUCGAACGGCCUGGGACUGCAGAGAGGACAGUCGAUGUCCGUUUCGCCUGGUCCUGGAAGCGAUUAUUAUUCGAGCGCUCAGCAGCAACAGCAGCGACCGGCGCACCACAGCUAUGGGUCGUCACAGUCGGGGUACGGUGGUCCUCCGGGCGGUGGGUAUGGUGGUGGGAGGGCGAUCAGUCCGGGGCCAAUGCAGAUGCAAGGGCAGGGGCUGCAUCAUAUGCAGAGGAGUCCGUCGCCGCAGCCGCAGCCUAUUGCGUUGAGGCAGCCGGAGCAUCAGCAGAAGAGUGUGAUGCCGCCUCCGACGAGGCAGUAUACGGAGGAUGGGAGGGGCGUGUUGUUCUAUGUCCAGGCUUUGUACGACUACACAGCGACGAUUCCGGAGGAGUUCUCGUUCCAGGCUGGAGAUGUCAUCGCGGUUACGUCUACGCCAGAGGAUGGGUGGUGGAGUGGCGAGUUGAUGGAUGAGGCAAGAAGGGUGCCUGGGAAACACAUCUUCCCGAGCAACUUUGUCAAGUUGUUCUGAGUAUGUAGCCGCCUAGCUCUUUGCACACUCACGCUCGUCUGUCCUCCCGUCCUGUCUUUGUUCUCGCCUUGGCCACGUUCUCGCUAUCUCAUUUUGAUCUGAGUCUGUUUGUUUUUGUUCAUGUUCCUGCGGCUCGUAUGUCCGUUUGUUUCCUCCCGUGCUUCCUCUUUUCAUACUUAUUUAUCAAUUCACCAUACUGAUUGUUUUCCCUCCCAUGUCUGUUUCAAAUCUUGUUGUUGGCUUGCCGAAUUUGAACAGACUCGUCUCUAGCUCUCGAUGUCAACGGUCUAUGCCCUCUCUCAUUCCCUCAGUCUCCCUUCUCCUAUCCUCUCCGGAAGGACCUAUAUAUCUAAUGAUGGAGCCUUCCUAUCUUUACUCGCUCCGACUGUGAUUGCCUGUUUUUGUCUCCAUCAGCCUGUCUCUCAUUUCUCC